AUGCCGAGGGCAUUUCCGAUGGAGGCCGCCAACCUGCCCGCCUGCGGCAUGAAGUCUUUCGGGGUGUCCAUGGGAAAAGAGGGGCACACCAACGACGUGAUGGUGGCAGUCUGGGACAAGGCGAAGACCAUGCCCGUUCUCGAGGUCCUUGCGAAGCCCGACGUUGUGGGGAACGUUGACAAGGCUGGUGCUGCCGUCGUCUGGGACCUCCCCAUCAAGCAGUGGCGCUAUUCCGCGCGGCGCCCCAUCAAGGGCUUCAUCGACGUCAUCGCGAAUUGCGGCGACCUCUCGGGCGUCAACUGGGAUGUUGUCAAAGAGGCCAUGGCCGAGGGUCGGUACAACGCCUUGCCCCCGCCAUUGGGAAUUUCCGAUGCUGGCCAGAACGAGAUCCCCUGCGUGAUGAGCAUGCACGUGUCCAAGUCCAUGCCUGACGACGGCUACUUGGUGGUGAAGGUGUUCACGUUCCUCGGCGGCGGAGAGCCGAUGGCGGCAAUCCUCGAGAAGAUCGUCGAGGGCGACCCGUGCGUCUUGGACUACCGCCCCGACACCUUCAACACUGUGCGGACGAUGCAGGUGGCAUUGGAGGCGAUGGGUGGGUUGUUGUUCCGCUAUUGGGGGCUGCCGAAGCCUAAGGCAGUUGCGGACAUCGACGCUGGCGAGGUCGCGGAGAAGAAGGCCGCCCUCGACAGAGCGUGGGAUUUCGUGCAGGCGGAGGCCCCCCGCGGAAAUUUCGACGGCCAGAGGGUCCUGUGGUUGGAGCACCAAUACGUGGACCCUGACUCCCCCAUCUACAACAUGAAGCGGGAGUUCGUGAACAGCUUGAUGAAGUGCAUCGCGGACCGCGACCAUUUCGCGACCAAGGAGGACUACUACCCGCUCCUGAAGCCAGACAUCCGCAAGGAGUACCAGCCGAUGACGAACAGGAUCUUGAAUACGCUGAUGGGGAACACGCUGCUUACGAUCGGGGAGGCUGGCUUCGGGAAGACACCCUUCAUGUACAUCUGUGCCAUGGCGACUGCGAGGCACAAUGCAGACGUCGCUAAUGAACGCCACCCAGGUCGUGCCAAGGCUGCUGUUCGGGUAUCCGCAGAGAUGGACUUCUUCCGCGGGGAGGUCGGGGAGCCCUGGGCGCCCUGCAUCUUCGAUGACGGCGACCUCGCAGAUCAGCGGCCUCGCGUCCUCAAGGCCUUCUUUGACCCCACGCAGGCUGAGGCCAUGACCUACGUGCGCUGGGGGGCCGCGAAGUUCGCGCGCGGCCAAGCGAGGCGGCUGGCGAAGUCGAAGCGUCGGGGGUUGGCGGUGACAUCGAAAUACAAUGCCAGCGCUGAACCAAAUGGCGAGGAGUGGGGGCUCGCGGCGACGUCGCCCGAUGCUGCAAAGCGGACCACUGCCAUCUUGGUGGACAUGAUUCGGCCCGCCUUCCCUAAGGGUAUGUCCGAGAGCAACUUAGGGGCCAUGCUCAAGCGGUGCAACGUCGCCCUGAACACGCAGCACUCGUUCUUCUUCAGGCCCGCUGGCAAGGACUCGGUCGUUGAGAAGUUGCCCCUCAUGAGCAGCUACAUCACGGCCGAGGCGGGCAAGAUCUUGAUGCGGUUCCUCAGGCACAAGAAGCGCCGCGACCAGGAGGAGUACGACAGGCUCCUCGCCUUUGAGAAGAAGGAGGUGCUCCAGCUCAUGGCCGAGUCGCGCGCAGCAGCGGGCGCGGGCGACGGUGGCGGGGACGGCGCCGUUGGCGCCGCCGCCGCGAGCAGCGCCCCAGCCGGUGCCGCGGCGCCGCGGGAGGCAGGCGUGGCGGGCGGCGUGGAUACCGCGCCCAACGACGGCGGGAUGUCCGACCGCGGCGGCGGCGGCGCCGACGCGCGGGCCGUCUCCGCGGACGAGGAGGACGUGUUCGGCUUCGGCGGCGGCAUGGGGGAGCCCGAGCCGACGCCCCCCAGACAGCUGACGGCCGCGCGGGACGUCCGCGUGAAGGAGAUCAUCAACGCCGAGGCCGACACGCUCAUGAUGGUGCCGUGGCAGGCGGGUGCUGCUCCUGGAUCGAGCGGCGACGUGGGGGCGCCGAGUGGCGCGGCUGCGCCCGCGGACCCCGCGCCCGCCAAGCAGCCCCCGAUCGUCGGCUGCCACGGUGCGCUCUCGGAUGAGGACCAUCGGGAGCAGGUGGCGAUCUUUCGCAGCCUAGCCAAGGCCCACCACGGCGCGCACGAGAACCUGGUAACUCCGCCGCGGAAGACCAGGAAGACGGGUCUGGCCUGCGGCGGGCCGCUCUCCCCCGUGGACAUCCAGGAGCAGCAGGCGAUUUUCGCAUCCAUUGUGGCGCAGGCACACGGCGAGACCCUCGUGGUGGACGACGAUGGCGUCGACUUGGAUGCCGAAAUGGAGACGCUCCUCGAUGGCAUCGAGGCGGAGCGCGUUGGCGGCGCGAGCCAGCUUCUGGGUGACCAGACGGACUGA